AUGGCGGCUGAGGUCCAGUAUCCCUACGAGGUCCAUGAUAUUGUUGGAGAUAAAGCUGUUGAGGNGAAGGAGGUCUCUCGCGGCGACUUCCCCGAUGGAUUCGUCUUCGGCGUCGCCACGUCAGCGUAUCAGAUUGAAGGAGCAAGAUCAGAGGAUGGUAGGGGUGACAGCAUCUGGGAUGUUUUUGCUGAAACGAAAGGAAAUAUUAAGGAUGGGAGCAACGGAGACAUUGCAGUUGACCAUUAUCAUCGCUACAAGGAAGAUGUGGAUCUUAUGGCUGAGUUAGGUUUUGAAGCUUAUAGAUUUUCUAUAUCAUGGUCUCGUAUUUUUCCUGAUGGAUUAGGAACCAAAAUUAAUGAGAAAGGGAUUGCCUUCUACAACAGUCUGAUAGAUUUUCUACUGGAAAAAGGUAUCCAGCCUUAUGUUACCCUAUAUCAUUGGGAUCUUCCACAGAACCUGCAUGAAUCAAUGGGAGGAUGGUUAUCUGAGAAAAUUGUGUAAGCUGCCUCAACCACUGACACUGUGAAUGCUUCCUGUCAUUUUCUUUUCAUUUCUAGUACCUCUAUAUUUUAAUGCAAAAUAUACCAAGAAAAUCAUAGUCUUGUUAAUUACAAUUCUGAACAACUGAUCAUUGCAGUAGAGAACUUGUC